CGCUGUGUUGCUUCGUACCUUGAAACGUUCUCAAAAUGGCCACGCGAUUGUUGUGGCGCGCGAGAGCGAAGCUAGCGGUGGUUGCGACUGCCUUCGGUGGCGGAGCCGUGGCGGCGGCGAUUGCGAGCUCCGACGAUCCACAGAGGGCUCUGAAGGUCUGCACCACCGUUCCUACUCGCCUCAUCCGUGACUCCAUCACUGCUGCCACCAUUGCCUUCGAUUAUGAAUAUUCACUGUUUGGGCUGCCGGAAGGAAGUCCUGAGAGGUCAAGGGCCAAACAUGAAGUCCAUGUCAGGUGUGCACGUAGGCUUCAAGAACUAUGUUUCAGAAAUGGAGGACUAUACAUCAAGCUUGGCCAACAUAUUGGUCAGUUGGAAUACCUAGUACCUCAAGAGUAUGUCCAGAUUAUGAGGGAGUCUAUGUUGAACAGAUGUCCUGUUUCUUCAUAUGAGCAAGUAUGCGAAGUUUUCAAGAAGGAGCUCGGAAGGACACCAGAUGAAGUUUUUGAUGAAUUUGAGCCUAUCCCAAUCGCAAGUGCUUCCCUUGCACAGGUGCACACUGCUCGUACAAGGGAUGGCCAGAAAGUUGCAGUGAAGGUUCAGCACACUCACAUGACUGAUACUGCGGCUGCAGAUCAUGCCACUGUGCAAUUGAUUGUGAACACCCUGCACUGGAUUUUUCCUUCUUUUGAUUACAGGUGGUUGAUUGAAGAAAUGCAAGAAAGUUUACCUAAGGAAUUAGAUUUCUUGGUUGAGGCCAAGAACAGUGAGAAAUGCGUGGAUAACUUUCGGAAGUUAUCUCCUCAUAUUGCACACUAUGUAUAUGCUCCAAUGGUGUAUUGGAAUCUAACCACCUCAAAGUUGUUAACCAUGGAAUUUAUUGAUGGUGCACAAGUAAAUGAUGUGAAGACCAUUCAAAGACUUGGGAUUCGACCAAAUGAAGUUGCAAGAUUGGUUAGUGAAGCUUUUGCUGACAUGAUGUUCAAACAUGGGUUUGUGCAUUGUGACCCACAUGCUGCCAACUUGUUGGUUCGUCCAAUGCCGUCUGGUGAAAGGAGCUUUUUGGGAAAAAGAAAACCCCAGUUGGUACUCCUGGAUCAUGGUCUGUAUAAGGAACUAGACUUUCACACAAGAGCCAACUAUGCUGCACUUUGGAAAGGAUUGAUAUUUUCUGAUGCAAAUGCAAUAAAGGAAAAUAGUGUGAAAUUGGGUGCUGGAGAGGAUCUCUAUGCAUUGUUUGCUGGGAUUCUUACCAUGAGGCCAUGGAAUAGGGUAAUUGAUACUUCAGUUGAUCAUUUGGUUGUAAAAGGUGAUGAGGGUGACCGAUCAGAACUCCAGAUGUAUGCUUCUCAAUAUUUUCCUCAAAUCACAGAGCUCUUGCGGAGAUUGCCACGUGUUAUUUUGUUAAUGCUGAAGACAAAUGACUGCUUACGAGCAGUUAAUAAUUCUCUGCUGCAGGGAUCUUCUCUUGAGACGUUCAUGAUCAUUGGAAAAGUUGCUUCUGAGGCUGUUGCUGAGGCAAAGAUAUCACAGAGGAGAUCUUUCUUAUGCUGGAUAAAUGUCUGGUUGGAGGGAAUCUUGUUGGAAGCUCGACUUUUUGGAAUGCAGAUAGCCCUUUGGCUUUUACAAGUCAGGAAAGCCUUAACUUGGUGAAAGCUGAAAACACAGGAACUCAGUCAUAUCUACCUAGUUUGUUUUUCUUGGCUAGCAUAUUCUUUUUCUCCGUGGCUCAAUCUUCCCAAAUACAGGAAUUAUGAGCUCGGAUUGAGGGGUUAAUUUUUUCUUACAGAAAAAAAAAGAAGCAAAUAAAUGGCUGCUGGAUGCUGAAAGGAUUUUUUUCUCAUAUCUACUGGCGCUUCAUUCAUGUUGUAAAACCCCAUCAAUGGGGGGCAAAUGACAUGUAUUAUGAGCAACAAAUCAUUUAUUGAUGAUAUUUUAUCUAUUAAUAUACAAGUUCAAAACUUCUCUUAA